GUUCAAUGGUCUAACCACAAGCGCCUUUACUUUGCUGAAGUUUAGUUUCUGCCAUUUUCAUCCCCUACUAAUGUUCCUCACCAUACUCCCGUAAAGCAGCCAGCAGGAGCAGCUCUCUCUCUCACUCUCUCUCUCUCUCUCUCUCGGCUUCUUCAUCUUCUUCUGGAUCCAGAGUUCUUCCUGGUAUGGCAAAAAGGAGGCUCUUGGAGUGACAGCUGAGCCGACAUUUAUGUACAUGCUACCAAGUUUGUCUCUCUUCCUCGGACUGAACCUGCCACACCCACAUCCUUACAUGGGAUAACACCAGCUUCUGCGAGCAGGCAUCCUGUGUAGAAAUUGCGGGGAAAGUAGACUGAGAACAGCGAAUCCAGAACAGAUCUGAAAAUGAAACACUAGAAGAAGAAAGAGGAAAAAGAAGAAGAAGAAGAAGAAGAAGCUUGUUUGAUGAAAUUUUGAGAAGGUGUUGUUUAGAGUUCUUUGUAUCAUCUAGCAAAAAAAAAUGAUGAGAGAGCAGUAGAGAGGAGGAGUAGAAAUCUUGUUUGAUGAAAUUUUGAGAAGAAGACAGGAGAGAAAGAUCAGAAAACAAGAAAAUGAAGAUACAGGAGAGAAUGGUACUUUUGUUUUGGCUUCUUUUUCGUUUCCUGAUGAAGACAACGGAAACCAGAGGACUCUCUUCAGAGCAGAGCAGCAAUGGCGAAGUAAUGGGGCUGUUGGGUUUCAAGCAAUACUCUGUUCAGUCUGAUCCAAAUGGCUUUUUGACCAACUGGGUCUCCGGCUCUCGCAGUCCCUGUUCGUGGCAAGGCGUUUCUUGCUCUCCCGACGGCCGCGUCGCCGCCAUCGACCUCAGCAACGCCGGCCUCACAGGCAGCCUCCACCUUCCUUACCUCGCCGGCUUGCCGGCUCUCCAGCGUCUUCAUCUGCAGGGGAAUCAUUUCUCCGCCGGCGAUCUCUCAGCCCCCGUCGGCGGCUCUUGCGCCCUCGAGACCCUGGAUUUGUCCUCGAACAAUUUCUCCGACCAUCUUCCGGCGAAAUCCUUUUUCUUUUCCUGUGAUCGUUUGGCUUAUGUCAAUCUCUCAAGGAAUUCGAUUCCCGGGGGAAAUCUCCACUUUGGUCCUUCUCUCCUGCAGCUUGACCUCUCUCGCAACAAGAUUUCUGAUUCUUUUCUCCUGAACUACUCUCUCUCUAGCUGCCAGAACCUGAAUCUGCUCAAUUUCUCCGAUAACAAACUCACCGGCGAACUGGGUUCUUCUCUUUCUUCCUGCAAAAGCCUCUCAAUCCUUGACCUCUCCUCUAAUCUACUUUCAGGGGAGAUACCACCAAGAUUUGUGGCGGAUUCCCCGGCAUCUCUCAAGCAUCUGGAUCUCUCCCAGAACAACUUCUCAGGAAAAUUCUCAAACCUUGAUUUUGGACAGUGCAACAACCUCACUUUAAUUAACUUGUCGCAGAACAGUCUUACUGGUUCUGAACUUCCAACUAGCCUGGGAAAAUGUUAUUUUCUCGAGACUCUUGACCUCGCCCAUAAUCAGCUGCAGAACAAGAUCCCGGGUGAAUUUUUGGCAAGUUUCAAAAAUUUGAAGAAGCUAUAUCUAGCCCACAAUCAGUUUUUCGGUGACAUUCCUCCGGAGUUGGGACAGGCUUGUGGGACUCUCCAGGAGUUGGAUCUUUCGGCGAACAAACUUUCUGGUGGGUUGCCGCCGAGCUUUGCUUCGUGUUUGAUUUUACAGAGUUUAAACCUGGGAAACAAUCAGCUAUCUGGAAAUUUCCUCACUACUGUUGUAAGUAAGCUCCCAAGUCUGAGAUAUCUGUAUGUGCCAUUCAACAACAUAAGUGGUUCUGUGCCAAUGUCUCUCACCAAUUGUACCAAACUUGAGGUGUUGCAUCUGGGUGCCAAUGCUUUCACUGGGAACAUUCCAGCUGGGUUCUGUUCUUCCCCAAACUUCCUAGCAUUGGAAAAGAUACUUCUACCAAACAAUUACCUCUCAGGAGGUGUGCCUUCGGAGCUCGGAAACUGCAAGAGUCUGAGGACUAUUGAUCUGAGUUUCAACAGCCUGACCGGUUCGAUCCCUUCGGAAAUUUGGACCUUACCGAAUCUUUCUGAUUUGGUUAUGUGGGCAAACAAGCUCACAGGUGGUAUCCCAGAAGGCAUUUGUGUCAAUGGAGGUAACCUAGAGACUCUGAUUCUCAACAACAAUCUUCUAACCGGAAGCCUUCCACUGUCCAUUGCCAGCUGCACCAACAUGAUAUGGAUAUCACUUUCCAGCAACAGGCUGACUGGAGAUAUUCCUGCUGGCAUUGGAAAUCUCCUUAACCUUGCUAUCCUCCAAAUGGGUAACAAUUCGCUCACCGGAGCUAUCCCACCAGAGCUUGGCAACUGUCGGAGCCUCAUUUGGCUUGAUUUGAAUAGCAACAAUCUGUCUGGACCUCUGCCGCCGGAGCUUGCGGACCAAGCUAGCCUGGUCAUGCCUGGAGGCGUUUCUGGGAAGCAGUUUGCAUUUGUGAGAAAUGAGGGUGGAACGUCUUGCAGAGGUGCUGGAGGACUGGUUGAAUUUGAGGGGAUCCGUGAAGCGACGCUUGAAAGUUUUCCUCUUGUCCACUCUUGUCCAUUGACUAGAAUUUACUCUGGUCAGGCAGUUUACACAUUCACCAGCAAUGGCAGUAUGAUAUAUCUUGAUCUCUCCUACAAUUCCUUGACAGGAACCAUCCCCGAGGAUUUUGGGUCCAUCAGCUAUUUGCAUGUUCUGAACUUGGGACACAACCAGCUGACUGGAACCAUUCCUGCCACUUUUGGAGGUUUGAAGGCCAUUGGCGUUUUAGAUCUCUCUCAUAACGAUCUUCAAGGGUAUGUCCCUGGGUCACUGGGGGAUCUUUCUUUUCUUAGUGAUCUUGAUGUGUCGAACAACAACCUCUCCGGUGUCAUUCCUUCUGGAGGUCAACUGACCACUUUCCCAGCAUCCAGAUAUGAGAACAAUUCUGGCCUUUGUGGAGUACCGCUGCCCCCGUGUGGAUCAGGAAGCCAUAUGCCGAGUUUCAAACCACCAUCUGACAAGCAAUCAGUGGAAGCACGGGUGAUCAUUGGCAUUGCAUUUUUCAUCAUGUGUAUCCUUGGGCUUACAUUAGCUCUGUACCGAGUGAAGAAGCACCAGCAGAAAGAGGAAAAGAGGGAAAAAUACAUAGAAAGCCUUCCAACUUCAGGUAGCAGCAGCUGGAAGCUUUCUGGUGUUCCAGAGCCUCUGAGCAUCAAUGUUGCCACAUUCGAGAAACCGUUGCGGAAGCUAACAUUUGCCCAUUUGCUUGAAGCUACCAAUGGUUUCAGUGCUGACAGCUUGAUUGGAACCGGAGGUUUUGGUGAGGUCUACAAGGCACAAUUGAGAGAUGGCUGUGUUGUUGCAAUUAAGAAACUAAUUCAUGUCACAGGUCAGGGAGACAGAGAGUUCAUGGCGGAAAUGGAAACUAUUGGGAAAAUCAAGCAUCGAAACCUGGUUCCCUUGCUCGGUUACUGCAAGAUUGGAGAGGAGAGGCUUCUUGUGUAUGAGUACAUGAGGUGGGGGAGCCUGGACACUGUUCUUCAUGAUAGUGCCAAAGGAAAGACCCUAGGGCUUGACUGGGCAGCAAGAAAGAAGAUUGCCAUAGGAUCAGCUAGAGGUCUUGCAUUCCUUCACCAUAGCUGCAUACCUCACAUUAUUCACCGUGACAUGAAAUCUAGCAAUGUUCUUCUAGAUGAGAACUUUGAGGCUAGGGUCUCUGAUUUUGGCAUGGCGAGAUUAGUGAAUGCCUUGGACACACAUCUUAGUGUGAGCACCCUUGCAGGAACUCCUGGAUAUGUUCCCCCAGAGUACUAUCAAAGCUUUAGGUGCACAACCAAAGGUGAUGUCUACAGCUAUGGUGUCAUAUUGUUGGAGCUUCUCUCUGGCAAGAAGCCAAUAGACCCAUCUGAGUUUGGUGAUGAUACAAACCUUGUUGGGUGGGCAAAGCAGCUACAUAGAGAGAAGAGAAGUUACGAGAUACUGGACCCCGAAUUGAUGACACGUAAAUCUGGUGAAGCUGAAUUGUUCCAGUACCUUAGAAUUGCCUUCGAGUGCCUAGAUGACAGGCCAUUUCGGCGGCCUACCAUGAUACAGGUAAUGGCAAUGUUCAAAGAGCUUCAGGCUGAUACAGAAAAUGAUAUUCUUGAUGGUCUUUCUCUGAAAGACACUGUAAUUGAGAAAUUGCAAGAAAGAGAGCCUUAGACGAUGUUGUUCAACUUUUGAUUGGACUAAAGCUUUUGUGUUCGUCAUCCUGAGUGUGGCUGGGCAAUGACUAGACAGAUGUGGUAAUGGUGUUUUGAGCCCCUAAAUUGAAGACAUGAUUUAUCCUUCAUUUUGCCCACUGUAAAUAAUAGAACACCGAAUGAGGCAGAGAAGUUGAAGUGAAACAUAGGAAGAACAAAGUAAUGGCUCUUUCAGCUGCUCAAGGAUGGUAACUUGUGUUUUCUUUCUUAUGAUCAUCAUAUCAAUCACUGAACACUUCAAAAAAACUCUGUUCCUUUGCCAUUAGCUUUUGGUUUUCUCCGUCACAGUUUUGCUGACUGAUGUUUUACUAUUGUUUGUUAAUUUGCAAUUGUUGUUGUUCAUAGAACCUAGAACUUGAGAAGUGAGCACUUGGUUUUGUAAAGUUGUAGCAGUAGCACUUCUGGGAAAUUGAAAUUAUAAUGUAUCAUUUGCAUUCAGUUCGCCA